UGUGUAUUCUCCGUGUAGAGACCCGUGUAGAGAGAGUGCGACUUUUCUCAGUUCCAUACGUUCACAAAUUUCCCCCUUCUGUUCCUAUUAACUUUGUGUAAUACUGGACGUUUUGCUGAAGUAGGUUGUUACUUCAAUGAUGCAAUACUCAUGAACUACGGCGUGGUUUGAAUCAAGACUCUACAUUUACAGUGUAUAUUGUUGAAGUAGGACUACUGACAGAACAUCAAGAUGGUUUUAGCAGAUCUUGGCCGUAAGAUUACAUCGGCCUUGAAAUCACUCAGUAAUGCUACCAUUAUUGAUGAAGAUGUGUUGAACUCCAUGCUUAGUGAAGUAUGUCGUGCCUUGUUAGAAGCAGAUGUCAAUAUCAAACUGGUGAAAAAACUGAGAGAAAAUGUGAAAGCUGUGAUUGAUUUUGAGGAGAUGGCAGCCGGCUUGAAUAAGAGGAAGAUGAUUCAGACAGCUGUCUUUAAGGAACUUGUUAAGCUUAUUGACCCUGGUGUAAAGGCAUGGACUCCAUUAAAAGGCAAGCCCAAUGUCAUUAUGUUUGUGGGACUACAGGGAAGUGGAAAGACAACAACAUGUACAAAGCUCGCAUAUCACUUCCAAAAGAAGGGAUGGAAGUCAUGUCUCAUAUGUGCAGAUACAUUCCGAGCAGGUGCCUUUGACCAACUGAAACAAAAUGCAACCAAAGCAAGAAUUCCUUUCUAUGGAAGUUACACGGAGGUGGAUCCUGUUGUUUUGGCCGCUGAUGGUGUAGACAAGUUCAAGAAUGAAGGAUUUGAGAUCAUCAUUGUUGAUACAAGCGGCAGACAUAAACAAGAAGACUCCCUCUUUGAGGAGAUGUUACAAGUGUCCAAUGCAGUGAACCCAGAUAAUGUAGUGUUUGUGAUGGAUGCAUCUAUCGGUCAAGCGUGUGAGUCACAGUCCAGAGCCUUCAAAGAGAAAGUAGAUGUAGCUUCCGUUAUCAUCACUAAGCUAGAUGGUCAUGCUAAGGGAGGAGGUGCACUCAGCGCUGUUGCAGCAACUAAGAGUCCAGUCAUUUUCAUAGGAACUGGUGAACACAUUGAUGACUUUGAGCAGUUCAAAACAAAACCAUUUGUUAGUAAAUUGCUUGGCAUGGGUGAUAUUGAAGGACUUAUUGAUAAAGUCAGUGAGCUCAACUUAGACGACAAUGAAGAACUUAUCAACAAACUCAAACAUGGUGAAUUUACACUGCGAGAUAUGUAUGAGCAGUUUCAGAACAUCAUGAAGAUGGGUCCAUUUGGUCAAAUAAUGGGUAUGAUCCCAGGGUUUAGUAGUGACUUUAUAUCAAAGGGCAAUGAGCAAGAAUCUAUGGCUAGACUCAAAAAACUCAUGACGAUAAUGGACAGUAUGAAUGAUGAAGAGUUAGACAGCAGGGAAGGGGCCAAGAUCUUCAUGCGAACCCAGGGUAGAGUACACCGUGUAGCAAGGGGGGCAGGUGUGUCAUCUAAAGAGGUACAGGAAUUACUGCAACAGUAUCAGAAGUUUGCACAGAUGGUCAAGAAGAUGGGCGGUAUUAAGGGACUCUUCAAAGGAAAAGGUGGAGAUAUGGCCAAGAACGUGAACCCAGCACAGAUGCAGAAGUUAAAUCAGUCAAUUGCAAAGGCAAUGGAUCCUCGAGUACUACAUCACAUAGGUGGUAUGAGUGGACUUCAGAAUAUGUUACGACAAUUUCAGCAAGGUUCAGGUGGAGGGGCGGGGCUUGGUGGUUUAGGUAACAUGAUGGGUGGAGGGGGAGGAGGUGGACCUAGUAAUAAAUAGUCCCCAAGUAUAUCAAUUAUUUUUAUUAUGAUUAUGAUUAUGAUUAUUUAUUUUUUUUUUUUUUUUGGGGGGGGAGCGUGUUCUGAAUAUGGUGGGUUUUAGAGGAGGGGUCCAAAGUCUUGAUUUAAUGUAAACCAAUAAUAGUUCUGGAUAACAGUUAUUGCGUGAGUCGCAUAACUUUGAGUAAUCACUUUCAAGCAACGUACAUUUCAUGUUGUGUUUUCUUUUUCUGUUUGUCAGAUUCUAUGUUUCAAGGUGAUUUCAUGGUUAUAUUUAUUGUAUGUUUUAAAGAGCGCAGUUUUGUUUUGUUUUGGUUUAAUAUUACCAGUAACAUAAAACAAAUGUAAGUGUGCAGGUUUAUUUUGAUCAGUGAUGAUAUGGAAUUUCACUGAAUCGCCUUACACGCUGUCACUUGUAAUUGCAUAAAAUGAAGUAAUUUCAAGUUUUCACUAAUCAAGGAAAGGGUAAAAACAUAAGGUAGUUUUAUGAACAAAGCUGUUAACUGAAAUGCAAGUAACAUGAUUGAUUGACCUUAACUGAUCAUGAUCAACUACAUUCUGGACAGUUUAUAGAACAGUUUACAUGAGGACCAUCUGUUCCGAUUGAUCCAGCACAGGUGGUCCGCUUUACAGAAUCACAAUGCCCAAAGUAAACCUUAUCAAUGAGUUAGUUUCUAGACUAGUCAAAUUAUAUGCUUUUUUUACAUAGGGGAAUCACAAUGCCCAAAGUGAACCUUAUCAAUGAGUUUGGUUUAGUGUACACUAAUUUGGUUGAGUGUAUAUGUAAAUGUACAUCUCCAGUAGCGCAUGCAGUUCAUGGAAUAAAGUUGAUUACAAUGACAUCAUCUCCAGUAGCGCAUGCAGUUCAUGGAAUAAAGUUGAUUACAAUUACUAAGUGUACAGAUUGAAAGAAGACAAUUUGAAUGCAUAAUACAUGGUUAGCCAUGAUUAUCAAAACUUAAUACCUUAAACAUAUUUCCAUCAGAAAUGUUACCAAAACAAAUACUAAUAUUAUUAAACCUAUGAUGUAUCAUAACUAAAUAUGUUGUGCAGGAUUGUUAUCAACAUUUUAUGCAUUUGUUUAGUGUAUACAUGUUUUAUGAAACUGUUAUGGUGCUUUAGGUAUCAAACUCAAUGUACAAACAAUCUUGUUCAAAAAAUAAAAUGUUUUAAUGGCCUCACGCUUUGAA